UCACUGCUUAUUCGUGCUUUUCUCUCUACCGCUUCGCAUCGAUCAGAAGCGAGAAGCACCAGAAAGCCAAUGGUUCUUUCUUCUUGUUUUUGUGUUUGAUUUAGCUGACAAUUGUUGAAGCCCAGAACGCAGGAAGGAAAGCAGAGGAGGAAGCGGAGAGCAGUUGGGCAAUGCCUGCGCAGAAGCGUGCUUGGUCGGAGAAUCUCCACGCUGACGACGAGGAGGAUUCUCCCUCGCGCCACCACCAGUUCCAUCGCAAGCAACCUCGCCAUGAACGAGAAUUAACCGAUGAGGAAGAAGAAGAAGGAGAAGACGAAGAAGAAGAAGAAGAAGAAGAAGGAGAAGAAGAAGAAGAAGAAGAGCAAGAAGAGGAGGAAGGAGAGGAAGAAGCUGAAGCUAAGGAAGAAGAAGCAGAAGAAGAAGAACAGGAUGAUGAUGGUGAGGAUUAUGGCGAUUGUGAUGCACAGAAAGAAGAGGAUUCUGAUGGAAGCCCCUCGUCUAGCAGUGAAGAACAGCCAGAAUUUGUUUAUGUGGAAUUGCCAAACAUCCGUAAAGAUGUACAAUGUCCAAUAUGCCUAGGGAUCAUUAAGAAAACAAGAACUGUGAUGGAAUGCCUGCACCGCUUUUGCAGGGAAUGUAUUGACAAAUCAAUGCGGCUGGGGAACAAUGAGUGUCCUGCUUGCCGUACACACUGUGCAAGUCGACGUUCUUUGAGAGAUGAUCCAAACUAUGAUGCUCUAAUUGCAGCUUUGUAUCCAGAUAUUGAGAAGUACGAGGAAGAGGAACUAGCUUUCCAUGAAGAGGAGAAGAAUCGCAAUAAACAGAUUCAAGCAUCAAUUGCCCAAGUUUUUCAAAGACAAGAAGCACUGGUUAAGAGACGUUCGAUGGUGAAGGAUCCAACUAACUCAUUCAUAACAAGAUCACAACGCAAUUAUCGGAAUGCUCGUUCAAGGAGGCGGCGAAGUGGCCGAAGCUCUGAACUGCAAGGAUCUGAUGACAAUGAUGAUGAAAAUGAUAAUGAUGGAGGCAAAGAUUCAUCUUCUACAGAUGACCGUUAUACAGAGGUAAAACAGAGGAGGGGUAGGAGACGAGCAGGAAUUCGGCAUUAUCAGACUCCUUUGUCAGCUGCUAGUUCAGAUGGUGGAUGCAUUGAAAAUGAUUUGGAAGUAAGUAGAGAAAGCAGGGGUAUUUCUCCUGGGCUCGUGUGGAGUGCAGAAAUGCUUGCUUGGGGUGGGGGUGGUACUCGGAGUCACACACGUCAUGGCAGUGGCAGUGGUUGCAAUAAUAGGAAUGCCCGGAACGCUCGAUUAUCCAAGUUGAUUGAUUAUCUUCGGAGCAUGGAUGGAAAUGAUGAUGAGCUGGAUGUUCAUCUCAUGCUUCUUUCUUUGGAUAAACAAAGUACUCCCAGUUUGCAGCAGCCUUACCUUUGCUGCCGGCCAAGUUUGUCGGUUAGACGCUUACGUGAAUAUGUAGCUCUUCAUACACCUUUGCAAGCUGAAGAAGUUGAGAUACUGGUGGUGAAUGGAUGUAUCAACGAGAACCAGCUCAUCAGCCCAAUACCAAAUCCUUCAACCUCAUUAAAUUAUUUGGAUGCCAUGCCAGAGGUGGUUGAUCCAUGCAAAAGUGAGGUGCGAAUUUUGGAUGGGCAAGAAACUCUUGCUGGGCUUAAAGCUAGUUGUAUUCCCAGUAGGGAUUACUUGAUUUUAGCAUAUCGGCUGAAGGAGACAUUGACGAGUUCAUGAUGGGCUUAGGAUUUGCAGUCCAUGGGAAAUGCGGCCUCUUGUUCUUUCCUGGGUGAGGAGCAGCAUGUGCAUUUCAAAGGCAGCCAUGGAACAACUUCAAUGUUUAUUGGGAUGUGGCAAUUUUCUUCUUAUAUUGAAGAUUAUUUAAUUCCAUUGAGUGUAUCUGGAGUGUAGGGGUGGAUCCUAGGGUUUAACCAACUAAAAACAGGUGAGUUCAUGCCUGUCUAUGGGGGCUUUAACUCACAAAAUUAGUGUGUAUGCACAUUUCCAUAUGUAUAUGUCAGUUUGUAUAUCUUAAAUACGUAUCAUCUUCAAGGCACUCUCUUCUCGUCUGUA